GGACAGCACAGCACGGCAGAGAGAGAGAGAGGGAGAGACGGGGGGGGGGAGAGCGGGAGCACAUGCAGUCGGGCUACAGCAUCUCUGUGACUAACCACGGACUCCCUGUGCUGCAGCAAAAUUGAUGAUUCGUCACUCUAGAGGUACCAUGGCUGUUGGCUUCAGGCCGAUGAUCUUUCUACUGUUGCUGCUGUGUUGCUGGAAAGAGACCAUCGGCAAAGAGGGAAAAUCUAAGGGAAAGAAAGGGAAGCAAGUCGUCUGUCCAUCCCAGCUGUCCGCAGAAGACUUGGCCCAGGUCCCUCCUAACUCCACCUCCAACAUCUUGAACCGCCUGAUGGUCAGUUAUGACGCAAGAAUAAGGCCUAACUUUCAAGGCAUCCCAGUGGAAUCCCGAGUGAACAUCUUCAUUAACAGCUUCGGGUCCAUCCAGGAAACCACCAUGGACUACAGAGUGAACAUAUUUCUCCGUCAGAGAUGGAACGACCCUCGCCUCCGACUUCCGACUGAUUUUAAGAGCGACUCCCUCACUAUUGACCCCAACAUGUUCCAGUGUUUGUGGAAACCAGACCUUUUUUUUGCCAAUGAGAAAAACGCAAAUUUCCACGAUGUGACGCAGGACAACAUACUGCUGUUCAUCUUCAGAAACGGAGACAUCCUGAUCAGCAUGAGGCUCUCGGUGACUCUGUCGUGUCCGUUGGAUCUGCAGCUCUUCCCAAUGGACACGCAGCGCUGCAAGAUGCAGCUGGAGAGCUUCGGCUACACCACCAGUGACCUGGUGUUCAUGUGGCAGUCCGACCCGGUUCAGAUGGAUGAAAUCGCCCUCCCUCAGUUCGACCUUAAAAAAGAGGACAUCAUAUAUGGAAACUGCACAAAAUACUACCAAGGAACAGGUUACUACACCUGCGUGGAAGUGAUUUUUACGCUGCGUCGGCAGGUUGGUUUCUAUUUAAUGGGAGUUUAUGCGCCGACUCUGCUGAUCGUCGUUUUGUCGUGGCUGUCGUUCUGGAUCAACCCCGAUGCCUCAGCUGCAAGGGUGCCAUUGGGUAUUUUAUCGGUGCUCUCUCUGUCCAGUGAGAGUAUGCUAUUGGCGUCGGAGCUGCCGAAGGUUUCCUACGUAAAAGCCAUCGACAUCUGGCUCAUUGCCUGUCUACUCUUUGGCUUUUCAUCACUGGUGGAGUACGCUGUGGUGCAGGUGAUGCUCAACAGCCCCAAACGCAUUGAGGAGGAGAAAGCCAAAAUGGCGGAAAAAGAGAGACAGUUACAAGAGAAAGAAGGAAAGAUGGCGGCGAACAAAGCCAAUAACACCGUGAAUGGGACAGGCGGAACCCCGAUACACGUCAACACCCUGCAGGUGGUAGAAACUCGCUGUAAGAAGGUUUGCACCUCCAAGUCGGACCUCCGCUCCAACGACUUCAGCAUCGUGGGAUCUUUACCGCGGGACUUUGAGCUUUCUAACUUUGACUGCUACGGUAAAGCAGUCGAGGUCUUGGGGGUUCUCAAGUCCCAGAUCAAAGCCAACAAGAAACCAGCGCCGCCCAAACCCGUCAUCCCUGCCGCCGCCAAGCGCGUCGACCUCUACGCGCGGGCCCUGUUCCCCUUCUCCUUCCUCUUCUUCAACGUGGUGUACUGGUCCGUGUAUCUGUGAGCCGCGGAGAGCGACGUGAAAAGGAGGUGUCUCGUCGCCGGGCUGAUGUCGAUGCUACGCGGAGCCUGCAAAAAGCCACAGUAAAUAUUUAUUUGAUCGUGUUCUAUUUGAGAGUUUGCAGAGCGCUGUGGUCCUUUGGAGUGACUGUGGAGUACUGAACCUCGGGGGAGUUCACCUGAACCCCCCCCUUUAAACCCGGGCCCUGCAUGUGUGUCUCUUAAACUAAACCCUGCUGUGGUGACACCGAGGACAUUAGGCUGUACACUAGAAAUACUGUCAUGUUUUAAAUGAGUAGAGCUCCAAAACGGCCAAUACUAAUUAAACACAUGGAAUAAAUGUAAAAAUAUUCCAGGACUAAAUGAAAUGAAGUAUGUUGUAAAACAGAAUAAAGAAAUGAAAAGAAA